AUGAAUGAAAAGAGGGAAGAAAUAACAACACAAAUCCUACUGGCCAGCCCACAAACGCCUCAUCGCCCACCAUCAAAGAUCCACGAGAAAGCCAACCUCAAUCGCAGUCGGACACCACUCAGCCUCUCCGCCCCCCAAACGGCCGGUGCCAGCCACCACGCCGGAUUCGUGAACGACCGCUCGCAUCCGCAGCCAAUACAAUUCAAUCGCAGAUGCAUCACCGCGAACAACAACCAAUCGCACCGCCGUUCUGCAACCCCUCCCUCCGAUGACGCCACACCGUCCAUGGGUCUCCACCAACCACAUGAACCAGACCGCAGCUUCGAUCGCAACAUAACAACAGCGUACUACCCGCAACUAAACCGCAAAGACAAACGUACCUACAAUCCGACAGCAACACCAAAACGCGCGGAUCCAACCAAAACCGCCAAUCACUAUCCGCGGAUCACCAGCUUCGACACAGACCCAAAUCGCUGCCGCCAUCUUGCUUCCAAUCGGUGA